AUGGUUCAAGAUUUAGUGCCACAUCUUACAACAAUUCAUUUCUUAUCGGACACUCCCUCGAGUCAAUACCGCAACCGAUUCAUCUUUUACAUGAUGUCGAAAUUGAAAGAUCAAAUUUCGAACCUAAAGCUAAUAACAUGGAAUUAUCAAGAAGUAGGGCAUGGCAAGGGGGCCCCAGAUGGCAUUGGUGCUGUUGUAAAAAGAACAGCUGACAACUACGUCAGACUGGGUGGCGAUGUAGGCUCAUUUGAAGACUUUGUGCAAGUUGUUCAGCAAAACAUUGCAAAUGUUAAGCUCAUUGUCAUCGCAGAGGAAGAGAUAACGGACAAAGAAUUUCCCAAAAACAUUCCUGCAUUUAAAGGGACAAUCAAAGUCCACCAAACUCUUUGGUCUUCAUCUUUGCCAUUCGACAUUACUUUUAGAAGCCUUAGUUGUUUUGAUUGUCUAGAUAGUUACAUAGCAUGUAAACAUCUCGGAGUACUAAAUAUGGGACUUUGUCAAGAAGCAACUGCACAAGAAAUGUCUAGUUAUAAUAACUAUAACGUUGUAAAUGUGAUGAAGUCCUUGACUGAUGGAACUAAUGGUGGAACAUAUUAUCCUUCUGACGUUAACAGCCCAAUCAACAUCGAUUCGCCAACCAUAUUUAACAACAUCGGAGAUUUGAAGCCAUUCGAUUUAUUAUCAGAAACUUCGACCCCGGAAAUAAAUAUAAACAAUAAAUCUAAAGUAAAAAUUUUAUCCAACAUUCCAGUAAAGUACCACAAUUGUAACAUUCAAGGAUUUAGUUCCAUUAAGCAAACAGAAUUUAAGGAGUUAAUUCAACAUCCAGUUCUUCAAGAUUUCGAGGAUGAUAUUGAGGAGCUAAUAAUCGAAUCUGAUUUCGGUCGUGAUCAGAAUAGAUCUAUGAGAAUGGACUACGACAUCGAAACCAAAGAAAACGUCGAAGUAAUUGAAUUAAAAUAUGACAGACCAAUGGGUGGUCGUUGA